AUCAGAAGUUCGAGCAUUUAAUGAGUAUAUUUGAAGUAAUGUCCGGCUCUCUAAAAGAUAUAGAUGAAAUGAAUGACUAUAAUCAUGCAGUUGCUGCUUGGAGGAAGCAAGUAAUACAUGUAGCAUAUGAGGUGGAAGAUAUAGUCGAUGAGUACUCUUAUUUAACUAGCGAAAGACAUCAAAAAGAUUUCAAAGGCGUUUUCUACAAAGUCAUUCAUGUUUCUAGAGAUGCUAGAACAUGGUACCGAACUGCCUUCCAUCUAGAAAAAUUAGAAACAAAGCUUAAUAACCUCACGAAUAUGAGGAACCAAUUUGGUAUCAACACAAGCCAAGGAAUGACCAUAGGAAACAACUCAAACAAUGAUAAUGGACAAAUUAGUCGUUUUGCAGAAUCCUCCCAUUUUAAGCUGGAAAAUGAAAUCAUCGGUAUUGAGGAAAAUAGAAAUUUAAUUGAGAAUUGGUUAGCUGAUAACGAAACUAGCCAAUAUGUUAUAGCCGUUUGGGGCAUGGCCGGUGUUGGUAAGACCACACUUGCUACGAAUGUGUAUAACAGGCAGAAGAAAGAUUGUUGCUUCAACAGCUUUGCAUGGAUCUCGGUUACCCAGACAUAUAAUAUCAAUGACUUACUUAGAAAUAUCAUCCUAGACCUAUAUGAAGGUAUGAUGGAAGCUAUUCCACAAUCACUCAACACCAUGGAAUACCGACAUCUAGUACAAAUUCUUCAAGGCUUUUUGCACCAAAAAAAGUAUCUCAUCGUACUAGAUGAUAUUUGGAGCAUUGAAGUCUGGACAUAUCUCAAGAACGCCUUUCUAGAUUGUAAGCUUGGAAGUAGAGUAAUUAUAACAAGUAGGGUUUAUGAUGUUGCAAUAAAUGCAGCGAGCAAAUCUCAUAUAAUUGAACUUAAGCUGCUGCAGAAAGACAAAGCUCAGAAGUUAUUCUGCCUUACUGUGUUUGGGGAAGGCGUCAUAAAAUAUCCUCAAGAUCUAGAAGAGCUGACACAAAAAUUUCUGCACAAAUGUGAAGGCUUACCGUUAGCUAUAGUGUGCAUUGGAAGAUUAUUAUCAGUUAAAGACAAGGAUAUAAUAUUGUGGCAAAGGAUAUAUGAUGGUCUAAACAUUGGAUCGACUGAUCUUCGUAAUGUGUACAAUAUUUUCAGAAUAAGCUUCAAUGAUCUUCCAGUUUAUCUCAAGAGUUGUCUCCUAUAUUGUAGUAUGUUUCCUGAAGGUCACAAUAUCCGAACAAAAAUUCUUAUAAGGCUAUGGGUAGCAGAAGGUUUUGUUCAGAUACAAGGAAGCAAGUCAUUGGAGGAGGUGGCCGAGGAAUAUCUUAAUGAACUUACUCAUAGAUGCUUGCUUAAGACUGCUUAUAUAACUUCCAGGGGAACAGUAUCACGAUACAUCAUUCAUGAUCUUAUAAGAGACUUCCUUUUGACAAAAUCCAGGGAAGAUAAUUUUUGUGAGGUGUAUCGUGGAGGUGAGUUGAGCAGGGAUAUUCGGCGUCUUUCUAUAUCAAACAGUGCAAGUGAUCUACGACUAGAAACUUCUCACCAUCUCAGAUCAAUUAUUGUGUUUGAUCCCAAAGCUUCAUUCAGUAACCUCACGCUGCAAAAUCAUUUCUCCAGCUUCAGGCUUUUGAAGGUGUUAGAUAUGAGUUUUGCUCCUAUAGAAAAAUUACCAAACGAAAUCUACCAACUGUUCAACCUACAUUAUCUCGGCUUACGUGGCACUAAGAUUAAAAAAAUUUCCAAAUCCUUGCGAAGGUUACAAAACCUACAGACUCUGGAUGUUUUGAAUACAAAUUUGGAUAAUCUUCCUUCAACAGUGGUAAAACUGAAACGUUUGAGACACAUUUCAGCCGGAAAAUAUUUUGCAGUUUCCGGUAAUAUAGUUAGAAUGCGUUUUUUGACGGCUCCUAGAAAGAUCUGUGACCUUGCUGAUUUACAAACCAUAAAAUAUUUAGCCGCAAAUGCUGAAAUUGUUAAGCAAAUUGGGAAUUUGACUGAGUUGAGAUCGUUAAAAAUUGGAGACGUGACAGAAUCGCAAAGUAAGGAAUUGUUAGUUGCUCUUUCUAAAAUGGAGAGACUUGUGAAAUUGGAAGUCUUUGCAAGUUCUUAUUCAGUCAUUUUCACUUGGGAAGCCUCCCCUUCUCUACCACCCUACCUUCAGUGGCUUAGCUUACAUGGUAUAUUUGCAAAUGGUAAACUACCACAAUGGUUUUCGGGACUUGUCCAGCUCAAGACUGUUAUGUUAUACGUUUCUUGCCUUUCAGAAGAUUCGCUUCUAGUUCUUGGCCUAUUACCGAAUCUUUUGUUCCUGGCCCUCCAAGUUGAUGCGUAUGUGGGGCAAAGGUUAUGCUUGCAAGAAUGCUGGUUUCCCAAACUUUCCAAAUUGCAGCUAAUCGAACUAUAUAAACUAAAUUGCAUCGAAAUAAGAAGAGAUGCCAUGCCAGAGUUGUCUUCUCUAUACUUAAGAGGAUGCGUACAACUAAAGAUUGUGCAAGGAAUGGAGAACCUCCCUUCACUGAGAGAGUUGGUACUAUAUGAAAUGCCCAAUGAGCUUAUAAACAGCUUGCAUAAUACACUAGAUAAUAAUAAAAUCAAAGUAGUCAAGAACAUGAUCGAAAGAGAUGGUAUCUGGUACUCUGAAGGCAUUAAUAAUUAAAUCAGGUCAUAAUGUUGUUAAUAAAGCCAAUGAUGAUUAUUUAAAUCCAUUCCUUAGCAAAAGUCUACUGAUCUGCAAUGCCUAUUGGCGCUUCAAUUUAUUUCUAUGACCAAAGAAUGCGUGUAAUGUAAUGUAGCCUUUUAUUUUGAGUUCAUUAUACAAUGCAUUAUUUAUUUUGAUGCCUGAUAAGAU